AUGUACUGGCCACCAACUGACAACGAUGCCCGGCAGGAUGGCCAGGACUGGCAGGACCGGCUCCUGCACCUAGCCAAGACGCAAACCUACGCCUGCGAUUGGGGCUUUGUUGAUUGCGGCGCGAAAGACGAUGCUACUAGCCACAACGGUGGUGCUGGAAAUGGGAAAGGUGCAUUGAAGAUACGCGUGCAGCAGCGCUUUAGUCCACCUGUGUUGAGCUGGUGCAUUGACCUCAACGUGACUUAUACCUUUUACGCGUCGGGGGCCAUCUCCAUACGCACCAUCGGCAUACCACAAGGAGAAAACCUGCCCCGGACUCUCCCGAGGGUUGGAUUUACCAUGGAGCUGCCAUCUUCUUGGGCUAGUACUACCACCACUUCUCCUAAUCGCACACCUGGUUCUACAAAGUCCAUUGCGGUCGAUGUUGGCGGAGAUAUCGAUGCGGCGCUAACAUGGUAUGGCCGUGGUCACGGAGAAAGCUAUAAUGACAAGAAGCUCUCGCAGCGGGUUGGCACGUACGCCGUUCAGUUCAUCUCGGAGCUGUGGACAGAGUAUGAGAAGGCCCAGGAGGGGUCAAACAGGACGGACACGCGCUGGCUCAAACUCACAAACCACGACUCAAGAAGAGCAGGCCAGCGGCAGACCCUAACCGUGCAGUUCGUUGGCGAUGAGGAAGGAGAAGAAGCUCCUGCUGACCGCGACGUCGACCUUGAGGGGAGCAAGAACCUGGCGCCUAGUAGCGAAAGGAAGAGAAGCCUGUUUGAUUUUAUGGCUAGCCACUACCGCGCCGAGAACAUUGCAUCGCCAAGACACCCACACGAGGUUCGUAGUAAGCGGACUGACAAUGUGGUUUUGCGGCUUGAUGCUGCGCACCAUGAACUUGGUAGUGGUGCUUGCGGACCCAAGACGAGGGAUGAGUAUGCCUUGGUCACUAAGCCGUUUUAUUUUGAGCUUCUGUUGGGCUGA